UUCUCACUGGGCUUGCCCCUCUUCUAAAUUUACUUGGCACUAGCUGUAACAGUUCCUAUAGCAGUAAAAAGAUGUUUGAACAUCACAGCUGAAGCUUCUUUUUAUCGGUUUCUAUUUGCAGAAGGUUCCAUGUCCUCAUACCCUAUGAAGGAGAUAUUACCUUCAUUUUACAGAUGGGGAAGCUAAACUAGCUGGGAGCCACUAAGGUACCAAGUUCCAUCUAAUUGCUGAGCUUUUUAAAAACGCAGUGUCUCUGAAGUCUGGGUUCCUUCCUGGCAUUUAACUGAACCACUCUCCUCAGAGACACAAGGACAGUGACAUCAUUUCUGUCUCACCUGCUGCAGCAUGAGUGGACCCUAUGUGAAGGCAGUCGCACUGGAGGCCUUAUCUGGUCCUUAGAUAGGAGCCCCUCCUGAGGAAGGAACAGAGACUUCAAACUCUUCAACACAGCCUGCGCUCGGACACCAGGCUACGGAUGCUGCGGACAAUGCAGUGGGAGAUUAUGGAAGUCUGUCUCUGCUGGCCUGUAUAUGGCUCAGGAUUCCUGGCACCGAAUUCUUCCAUGUGCUGUUUCCUCUGCUCAAACAGGCAUGCACUGCCUCCUCCUCGUUUAGACCUCAGUUCACCUCUCAGCACCUCAAAGAGACCUCUCUUGAUGAUCCCCAUCAUGAAAAAAACAAAACAAAACAAAAAACAACAACAAAAAACAUUAUUAUGUGUGGAAGUCAGAAGACAAUUUUGUGAAGUAGGUUUUCUCCUUCCUUUGCAGGUUCGAGCCAUCUAACUCAGGUCACCAGGCUCACAUGGCAAAUACUUUGAGCCUGCUGAGCCAUCUCACCCCCACUUCUCUGCAUAGUGUAUUUUUACUCUACCUCACCCUGUUAUCUCACUCUGCUUUUCGCAGAAGUUAUCACUAUCUAAAAUUUUAGAACUGUGGUGGUUUGAGGGAGAAAUAGACGCAGGUAUUUGAACCCUUUUUCCCUGUUAGGGGAGGCUGUGAACCUUUAGGGGAUGGAGCCUCACUGGAGGAAGUGUAUCACAGGGGGUAGGCUUUGGGAGUUUGUAGGCUUGCCCUACUUCCAUUUACUGCUUUCUACUUCCUGCAUAUGGAUAAGAAUGUGUUCUGCCAGCUUCUUGGCCCAGUCACCUGCUGCCAUGGCUGGCGUGAACCUCCCCUUCUGGAACCAUAAGCAAGGGAAAAAAAAUUCUCAUUCUAUACUUUGCCUCAGUUAUACUAUUUUUAUCACAGCAACAGAAAAGUAUCCAAUGCAAACACCAUGUUUACAUCAACACAUGGAGUUUAUAUCUUAGUGGGACCAGAUAAAUGACAAUGAUUGUAUGUGGAAAAACAAGAUAGAGACACACAAAUAGGGGGGUUGCCCAAGCAGAGAUUUGAAUGAAAUGAGGGAAUAAUUUGUAUGGAUACUUGCAGGGACGGACUAGCUAAGGGGAACAGCAAAGGCAAAACGAUGGUACUGUUGCGAAAUAGCAAGGUUAUCUCGUGGGGGAGGAGAGAGAGGUAGAGAUGGCACAGAGUUGGGUGGUUAAAAUGCCCGGGCUUUGGAGGCUGUGGUUAAGAACUGGCUUUUGAUCUGAGUGAGAUGGGAAGUUGCCAUAGGUUUUGAGCAGAGGCAUAACAUGGCCUGCUCUUCAAAGAAUCAUUCUGACUUUGGAGUAUGUGGAGCAAAUAUGGAAACUUCCAAGGCUGGUGACACUACUUUGGGAGGCUGUGGAAACGGUGAAAAGGUUGGGCAGAAGGUCACACGGAGUAGAACUCGGAGAAUUGUAGCCCAGACCUUUGCUCUGGCCCGAUCUCUGCCUCCUGUUUGCUGUGAUGUGAACGGCUGUCUUCUACCAUUUGUUCCUUAGCAGCCAUGAUGUUCUGCCCACCCACCUGGAACCAAGCAACUACAGAUUUGAACCAAGAGCUAAAUUAAACCUUUCCUCUUUACAUUGCUUCUGUCAGAUAUUUGGGUCAUAGAAAUGCAAAGGUAACCAAGAGUGUCUUAGGUCGUAAUGGGGGACUAUAAAAGGGAGAAAAAAAAAAUGGUAAGAUUUCAAGUCAGGACUAGUUGGUAUAUACCCCGGGGAACUGGCUUAAGCUUAGCAUGGAAUGAGUUUUCUGAGCUACCCAUAAAUGGAUCAAGCUUCCUUAAGAAUAAGCAAGGCCCUGGCUGCAGUAAAUGCUGGGGGGGGGGGGGGGUUGGUUGCCAGUGAUACCUCCCCCCUAUAGGGCUCAGACUAGACAACUCUUAAGUCUCUUCUGGGAAGUGAACUGAAAGGACUGUUUGUUCCACAGCAGGUCUGAGCUCUGUGUAUAUUGGUAAGGGGAGGGGGGGGUUGUAGAUAAGCAGUACCCAGUGGUAAAAUGAGAGAAGCACUCCCAAGGGAGAAGGCCUCAAGAGCAAAAUUCCCAUGGUGAUUGGUAUGUGUGUAUGUGUAUGUAGGGGAAUGUCUGUUUUCCUGGCCAGAAAGGAAUGGAGUGUGCAGAAUAAAGAGAGAGGUUAGGCCAGAAAGGGAUGCAGAACCAGAUAGAGAAGAACUCCCACAGGGCCCAAGAACACUUGCCAGCACUUGUUGAAGGUAAGAAAAGAAACAGAAAUAAAAGAGAUUGUAGGAGCCAGAGGCGGCAAUGACUACUUGGUUCCCUUGAGCUGGUUUUCUUCUGACACCUUGGUUCAAGAUUUGUUUGAGGCAGGCAUGCCCAAUGCUCUGUGUGCUCUCUGUCACUGUCGACACAAGGCAAAGUGCCCAGUGGUGUUUCCUUAACCACCAACCACAUGAUCGUCCUCUUGAGGAUGCCAGAGCCCUUUCCUGGGGCUUCUUUGAGGUUCACCGUGAGGAGAAGGGCGGACAACUUUCCUGGUGGCUCAGUCUUUGGUAGAGCAGAAGGGAAUCAUUGUUUAUGAGAUGCCACAGGAUGGGUUCCUCUCUUCCACUAACAGGGCUACACCACCAACACUGCCCCUGGAAUGCCCGGUGGACAGAACCUAGUGACCUUUCCUUUAGAGAACAAUGAGGCCUGAGCCUUCUGAGGACUCUUAUUGGUGGAGAGAUGAGAAGCUCCUCUCCCCAGAGCGAUAGGCUGGGUGCCACGGCUGACUUUUAUGGAGUCCCAAAAGGAGGACCUGAGCCUCUCUGGCAUGUGGAUCUCCUUGUGCGUUGGAUUCCUGGGGCUGUGUUCCACGCUCAUAGGCAGCUGCAUCCUCUUUCUGCACUGGAAGAAGAACUUGCAGAGAGAAGAACGUGCCCAGCAGUGGGUGGAGGUGAUGAGAGCCGCCUUGUUCACCUACAGUCCCCUGUUGUACUGGAUAAACAAGCAGCGGCAGCACGGCAUGAAUACAGCCAUUAACACAGGCCCUCCCCCUGCUGUCACCAAGACAGAGAUGGAAGUUCAGAAUCCAGAUACCCUGUGGGAGUUGGAUAUCUCUGAAGGCAGGAACUAUGCUGUACAAGACGGCAGCCCCGAGGGUGAAACCUCUGGUCCUUUGCAGCAUGUUCUGGCGGUCCCCAAACAGCCCCUCUCUUCAACAGUGCCACAGCCUCAGACAGACUCCCCACUCCCACUUCCCAUCUUCCAGGAGGUGCCCUUUGCCCUGUCCCUCUGCCACCUUCCUCCCAUGCUGAACCACUCUGUCUCCUACCCAUUGGCCAACUGCCCUGAAAGGAAUGUUCAUUUCUAUUCCCUCCCAACACUGGCCCAUGGAACAAACUGCUUCAAUGCCAAGCCUUUUGCUUUAGAACUGUAGUUUCUAAAGCACCACUCAUUGAGGGUGGGAGCUGCAGGUGCCAAAGGCUCCCUGUGGUAGAAAACGAGAGAUACUCUCAAGGAGUUGGUAUUGACAAGGAGGUCAGAGCCAUCUGGACACUGCAUCACGAAAGAUUAAAAAAAAAAAAAGUUCAAGUUUCCCCUCCUCAUUUGCUCCUAGGAAGGCAAUGUCUUUUGCAUUUGACUGUGCCGCUUUGUAAGUCAAGCUAGUCCUGAGUUUCACCACUGCCUAGGGGAACUGGAGGUUAGCAUUUGGGAGACA